AAAGUGUCACUGGUCAAGUGUUCAACUUCCCAUCCGUACGUCUGUAGCAAAACAGACGAGUGCAGCCUUCAGCCAGCAUCAGCGCUGGCCAGGAGCUAUCUGUGGUAUCGCUAGAAUUUAGCCGUCGUGAACGUUUUCUUUGUCCGUGUGCUUUUUCUGUGGAUCGCAUGGUGUUUCACGUUAUGUUUUCGAGGGUGACAUUCUAUCCCACAUUAGUCUACAAUGUUGUCAUGGAGCGUGUAUCAACGCGACGCUGGUACGACCGGAUCGACGAUACCGUCUUUCUUGGAGCACUCCCGUUCCGGAGCAUCACUCCAAAGCUCCUGGAAGAAGAGAACGUCCGGGGUGUCGUGUCAAUGAACGAGGACUUCGAACUCAGAUACUGGGUCACGAGCAAAGCGGAAUGGGAAAAGAAUGGUGUCAAGUUCCUCCAACUGAGCACCACAGACAUCUUUGAGACGCCCUGCCUGGAGAAGUUGGAGCGGGGGGUGCAGUUCAUCAGGAGCUUUGAAAACACAGACAAGACGGUGUACGUCCACUGCAAGGCCGGAAGGACGCGCAGCGCCACCCUUGUCGGCUGCUACCUCAUGCAGAGAUACACGUGGACCCCUCAGAGAGCAGUGGAGCUGCUACGUGAGAAGCGGCCGCACAUCCUGCUGCACUACGCCCAGUGGGAGGCUCUGCACACCUACUUCAACAAGCAUGUGGCCUCGGGCACAGGCAACGGCCAAGUGCUGGGCAGCACGCCCGGCUAGCUCGUGCCAUGUCCCCCUUGGCUCGCCCGUUCUGGGAGUGCCGUUGGUACUAACAUCCCUCGACUCUACACAUGUGCCUCGUGUGACUGCUACGCAAUCCGGGAGGUGCUGGGUGGCCCCGUUUCUUUCAGCUUGCGCAGAUUGUCUCGCUGGUUCGGCGGGUCAUUCUUAGUCGUGGUGUGUCGCGGGCGACACGUAAACUGAGUGCAUUGUCUGGUUCUCGAUUGAAGGUUUUUUUUGUUGCCGGCUUGGGACUGGCAGGAUUAAGGUUGGUUUUAAUGGCAUAAAUGUUAGAGUACAGAUGUUUUGGCUCUUGAGGGUUAAAAGGUUAAUAGUCUGCAACCUCCUAAUGGUGUACCUACUCAAGAUUCCCUAGAGCUUUCACAUAGGUUAGGUCUAGGAUGUGUCUAUCCUGGAGUCCUGCACAGUAGUUUAUAUAGUUUUUUUAUUGUUUACUUUUGUAUUUUAAACAUUGCUGGUGGCCGCUGAGGAAACUGCAAGUGGAAGCUAUUUUUUAACAUUUGUUUUAGUUUUCAUCCUUAGUUUUUUAAGCAGUAUGAAAGAAUGAUCAGUGAGAACAGUAAAGACUUGCAAGCUAGUAAACAUUCAAAGUUCCUUGGUUCUUUCACUACAGUGGAAAAACCAUUUGUGUGUAGCUAUGGGCCAUUGCAAAUAUUCUGGAAUUCUUGCCUUAGCCAUUUUUAGUAGAGAAAAAACGAGCGCACUGGUCAAGUUGAAACAUAAAAUGGACAGACAAAAACAACAGAUGUGCCAGGUACAACCACAUGGAAUUUUGUGAAUGGAACUGAUAGACCACAAGCAAAUAAGUUAAGAGGGAGGAGGGAGGGUAGAAAGGAAACUUGACUGGCUGGGGAUGUGGGAUUUGUGAAAUCUGGAUUUUAGGUCCACAAUACUGAUUGGGUUGCAUCGGGUGGGAUGUGGAGGGCAGAACGUAAAAGUUUUCUUAUGGACGUCUUGAAUACAAGCAUCGCCCCACCCUCCUAUCUUGCGUCCGAAGGGGAUGUCUCUUGCCUCCAGCCAGAGCUUGGGCAGCAUUCAAGGCCAGCCUUGUUUCCUCUCCAUCUUCUCUCUCUUCUUAACUCAUUCGUAGCGCACGGUUCUGCGCAUUAUGCCUUAUGUGUAGUUGCAAUCGAAAGAUCUUUGUUUGUGCGUUCAUUUCUUAAUAGAGCUGCACUGCCAUUGAAAAUGGUUUAUGGCUGUGGCAAGCAAGAUGAACAGACUUCAGCUAGCAAAGGCAGAACAGAAAAAAAGAAAAGGUGCAGUAUUCACAGUAUAUAGCUCUGUUGACUAGCCAUUUUUCCCUGCAAUUACUUCUGUCCAACUACCAUCAUCUAACAAUUUAGAGAUAUGGCACCUUUUAAACCUAGUGUACCUUCAUGAGGUUUGCCUUUUUUUUAUUCAUUAUGGGAUUGAAUGUAACAGCAUGGGCAAUUCUCUCAGGUUUAGUCAAAUCACUACCAGCAUUGUAUCUUACCAAGCGUAUCCGAGUGCAUUCUGAUAUGGGUGACAGCACCCUCCAUAUAGUGACAGUAAACCCAAACUCAAGGGUACAGGAACAUACAUGUUGCCUCACACCCUUUAUCUUGAAGUAGCUGUCUUCUGAUCAGCUCUGCUGGUUUUCACGUCCCUAUAUAGCACACAGGGCUUGCUCAUCCUUCAGUAAUGCCACCUGCCUGAAAAUGUCUCCCUGCAGCACUUAUCCCACAUGUAUUGCUGUGGUGUGGACUAUAGAUUGCUAGCUCAGUAUAAUAUGCAAAUCAUAGUCUUCCACUAAUGUUUGCACUGAUGCCUGUGAUUUGUCCCAAAUCUGCUAACCUGUAACCUGGUCUACACAUGUCCGAUAAGGUGAGCCGUCACUGGUUGUAUCUGUAGUACAAUCUUCGUGCAGGUCUAGUUUUUGUAAACUGUCACCUGCUUGCUGAAAAGAGCCACAAUAUAGAGUGAAAUGGUAAAGAUAGAAUGUUCAAAAGUCUGACACUGGGUAAAAAGCUAUAAACCAGAAGUAAAUCAGUGCAAGAUGAGGUUUGGGCAAGAACCAUUCCAACUUUAGUACUGCUGUGUUUGUUAAUAUUUGGCAGAAUUCUUUUUUCAUAAAUUGUGAGUUUUUCUGAUGUCAUUCUAUUUUUCAAUUGCAAUUUGAAGCUUUUAGGAGUUUUCAUCUUCAAGUUGGCAAUAAUCGUUUUCUGACGAAUUAGUAUGUGAGGAAAAGAAUUCUUAUGAGUCACCCUUACCCCAGUUUAUUGCAGACAUGUUUUGCAACAUUUACACACUUUUUAGUAAUACGUUGUCACAUUCUAUGUAGCAAUGCAUUUGCUGUUAACAGAGUACAAACCACGUGAUAGUAUAUAUUCAGCCAGUGUUAUCUCAUGACAGCAGGUGUAAACAGAUAUUGAUUACGAUGUGGUACUCAUUAAGUUGUUGCAGGUUGUAGCGAAUAUUUAUGGCAAUGCAUUUACAUCUGGUUCCUUGUAAAUACUAUGUGCAAUGUACUAAUAUCUUUGUUGCAACCUCUCUUUCAUGCUAAAGGUCAUUCCCACCCCUUUGAAAUACAAGAUAUUUAUUUUAGCAAGUUUGUGCCCAGCCACAAGAACUCAUAUGCAAAGGAUGUCUGUUGGCAAGACGGGAGAAAGCAAUGUCUAGGUUGAACACAAGGUGCCGUUAUCGAGUGUGGUGCAUCUGCAAGGGACGUUAACCAUAUCUCCUAUCGUUUUUAAAUGGGUUGGGAGGAACAAGUGUUGUGGUUUGUGAUAGCACACGUGUUAUGUGCACCUCACUGUCACUUCUGGAAAUAAAUUGCAGUAAUUCUAUGACCUA